AUGGUAUUCCUCUGCAAGCAACUGAGGUCGACAAAGAACGACUCGAAAUUUUGGGAACAAAACUCUUCGACAUUCUUUGUUGGUCCCUAUUAUUCUGGUGACAUAGUUCAGAACAAUACCGUCUUUGAUCGAAAGACUUUCAAAUGUGUAGGCAUACCCUUUGUUUUCUCCUCUUCUUGUCCAAGCUUAACGAUAGGAACCUUUAUUAUAUAA